CUCCCCUAAAGUUUUGUUUUUAAUAAGAAAUUUAAAUUUGUUAAUUUUUAAAAGAAACAAAAUGAGUGUAUAUCAGUUAAUUAACAAGUUAUGCAUUGAAUUAAUUAAGGAAAGUGAAUGUGAUGAAAUUAAGCUGCAAACAGCUAGAAAAAUUGCUUUCGAAGUGUUGUUAAAAAAGUCAUUUAAUCAAAGUUUAUUGCUUGAAAAAACAAUCGAAGACUAUCAAUUUACGGGAUUUGAGCUAACGUUGCACAAUAGAAAAAAGGAACUAGAUAAACUUGAUUGUUAUAUUGAUGUCCUCAAAGAAAAUCCAAGCAGUUUAUUGCCAAUUUCAGCAUUUUUGAUUCUCCUUAAAAAUAUUGAUUCUGAAGAAGUUUGUGAGCAUCAUAGCUUCCUUCAGUUACAAACCAAAGCAUUCCAGGAUGUAAGGAAGAACAAAUAUCUUUCACACAUUUCUUUGUCAACUGAUCACACAAAUAAUGCGCGAAAUAGAAGUUCAAGUGAACAAACAACCUUCUUAAGUAGCAUACUUGAUUCCUACAUAGGACAUAACAAUUCCGAUAAUCUCAAAUUGAAAAGAAUUGAGCCUUUUCAGCCAGUAAUUAGCAGCAACACAAUCAGUGAGUUAAGUGACAAUCAACAAAAGUCAGCAGUAAGCUACAAGAAACGACAUACAUGGGAAAAUCUUCAAAAUCAUGAAGAGUCAUCAGUUAAGAGCUUCAUUACAGAAUCAACAAGUCUUUAUACAUUUCAAAGACUAAAAUUAGCUUCAAAUGCAUCAUCCAGUGAAAUUACGACUGUGUCGUUUCCAAAACUUAUGAAUGACAUAAAGCUGUUAAUUCUUGGAAUCGAAUCUGAAACAUUCAAGAGGACAGAAACGUCAUUGAAAUUUUACAUGACAACUCGAGUAUGUUGUGGUGAUAUUUCUGAUAUGAACGACUUGCUGGAGAAAUUUUUGGAAGUUGGAACUUGUUUUACUCGAUUAAAGUCGUAUACAGCAAAGAACCCAUUCAAUCAGAGUCAAAUAUUUGAAGGAUUUAUCUUUAAAGCCUUUUGCGACCGAGUCAUUAAAUUCUUAAAUUAUUGUCGUGAUAUAAUUUAUCCACAAGAAGCUGAGACCUUUUUAGAUCUUUACAAUAAUACAUCAAAAAUUAUGAAAAUCAUCAUACAUUUAUCAAUUUUCCUCAACAUACAUCCUUCAUCAUCAACUAUUCAAAGAGCUAUUCUCAGUGGAUCAGAUUUCUUACGUUUACUAUACAAUGAAUAUACAAUUUCUCUAAAUACCGAUGUUAAAUGCUUCUAUGUAGAUUUGUUGAAAGCGUGCUGUGAGGUUUAUUACAUACGAUAUCAAGAAUGGUUGUAUCAUGGAAAACUUGAUGAUCCUUAUAAGGAAUUAUUCAUUUAUUUUGUCGAUCGAUAUAAAGAAAAUACGAAACACUUUUUCGAUCGAGCCUACUUAAUAAGAAAACAAUCCGUUCCAGAAUUUUUAACUGGAUGUGCUGACAAUGUCCUACUUUGUGGAAAAUAUACCUUUCUAUUGAAAUCAUUCAAUCCUUUGCACCCACUUUUCAUCAUCAGGAAGCCCCCAUUUAAGAUUUGCUUAACUCACGACCAAAUAAAUGAGCUCAAAGAUAGAUGCAGAGAAUUUUCAAGAAAAGUAAGACGAGAAUGCGGUGAAGUCAUAUCCAUUUCUGAACUUUUAGAAGAGAAACAUAGAAUACAGGUUGAAAAGUACAAGAAUGCAGAAAUAGCAUCAACUAAAAAUGCGCUAAAAUGGAAACAGAAUCAAGAAGAGCGAUUACAAGAAAUUCGAGAUUUUCGUGAGGCACAACAAAAGGAAUUGCGAAAAGAAUUGGAACUGAUUGAACAGAAAAAAAUGUUGAAAAGAAUGACAGAAAUUCAAGCUGAACGUGAUUAUUUGGAUGAAUUGGAUCGAAUUGAGGAUGAAGAGCUUCAAAGAGAAAACGAAGAACUAAAAGCACGAAUUAAAAUUUAUCAAGAACUUAAUGAUAAAUUAUCAGAUGAAAUUGACCAAAAUAAAAAUGUAACGGAUCAAGCAACAACGAGAAAAUUAAACCCCAUUAAAAUUGAAACUGAAGACACACUAAAUGCAAAUAAUCCAGUAGAUAAAGCUACUCAGGAAAUGACAAUUGUUAAAGAUGAGAUGAAUAAUAUUGUGGAAUCAGCAUGUGAAUUAACAGAAGCACAGAGAAAUAGGAAUAAAGUCAUGUCUCAUGAGUACAACUUAAUAGAUCCAAAACAAGUUGAUGACAAUAAUGGAAACAAUGAAAGUCCAAAAAAUUUAACAGAUGCUCAAAAGAAUCGAAAUAAGGUGCUUGGAUAUGAAUUAGAUUUGAUUAAGAAUGAAGAACAAUCAGAACAACCAAAAAUAAAUGUUCAAGAUUAUGACAAAAUGACAGAUUUGCAAAAGAAUCGAUUAAAAGUCAUGUCACAUGAAUUUGGCUUAGAUGAUAAGCAUGGCUACAAAAAGGACACGAAAGAAAACUCACAAAGGAAUAAAGUUCAACGUGAUAAUUUGACAGAAUUACAACGAAAUCGUCAGAAGGUUAUGUCGCAUGAAUUUGGGUUCGAGGGAUAUGAAGAAGUAAGGAAUCCACAAGAAAAGAAAGAAAAAUUGUCGUUGGAACUUCUAAACCCAGACACAAGUAAACUAAAUUUAGAAUCUCCAAUGUCAACGACUUCUGAUCAUUUCAAUAGUGACCAAAAUGAGUCACUCGAGAAAUCAACAUUAUCGGAUUUAGUCCAUAAUUCCGAGAAUAAGCAAGAUGAUGAUGAUGCCGACAAAAUGGAAAUGUUUAGAGCAUUUGAAGAGGCUAUAGAGGCCAUAGAACAAAAGACAACCGAACAGAAUCAGAAUAAAUUUAUGGGAAUUAAGCUCAAUGACUCUUCAGUUUCUGCUCACAUGUCUACAUCAACAGAAAUUACAAAAAUGGAUACAAUUGCUUUAUCACAAUAUCUGCAAAUGUCAUUAACAUUGCCACUUAAUGCUUAUAUGGAAAUAUUAAAUAAUGAAACAUUAAAGAUGUAUAUUAAGGAUUUAGAUAUAUUGUCGCACUUCAAGAGUCUCAGAAAUUACUUUCUGCUUAUGAAUGGAGAGUUUUGUAGCUGCAUAAGUCAUGAUAUGUUUUCAAAAAUUGAGAAUGGCAUGAAACCGGCUGAAUUAUUAAAUUAUCAAUCUCUUCAUAUGAUUCUUGAUCAUGCAUUAAGCAAUUCUCGAUACUAUGACCCAAAUACGGAAUAUCUCUCAUUUAUAGUACAAAACAUUCCUGAAAAGUUUGAAAUGAAUUCGCCAAGUAUCUUGAACAUGCUGACUUUAAGCUAUCAACUUGAAUGGCCUCUAAGCUUAAUACUCAACCCAGAGACGAUGGAUAAAUAUCGAGCUAUCUUCAACUACCUAAUAAAAUUGAAACGAAUAACCUGGAUUCUCGAGCAAUGCUUUCAAAUUCUAAAGGAAGCUCACAAGAGUCAUGGAAUGGAAAUAUUAAAAUCUCAGCAAUAUCGUGAUGUACAGUAUAUCCGACAUAAAAUGACACAAUUCGUUAAUUGUCUUGAGAACUAUGUAACUCAUAAUGUUAUUCAAAUAUCAUGGAAUGCAUUUAUGGAAGAUAUAAAAUCAGCAGAAUCAAUCUUGUGUAUUUAUAAGAAGCAUGCAAACUACUUGAAGAGAAUUUUAUUCCUAUGCUUGCUCAAUAAGAGUUAUACGGAAUUUUAUAAGAAUAUUGAAGAUAUUUUUAAAGUCAUACUCAAAUUCUACAAACAUUUAAAAUCUGGCAAUUGGUUGAACACAUCAUCGACCUACACACAUGAGAAAUAUAAUAGAAUUCAAGUUGAUGCCGAUGAGUUCCAUAGAUUAAUUCGUUACAUAUUAUAUCUUGGCAACAAGGUGAUUCAGCAAGGAUAUCAGAAAGAAAUUUAUGACUUGUUACAUCUAAUCAAUGUUAAUGAUUACUACUCAAAUGAUGAUUGAAUUUCUGAAAAUUAUGUUGUUUACUUUGCAUCCCAUCGUACCCAAGAUUUCGGCACUUUGUUUGACUAAAUUAUCCAUGCAUCUCGAGAAGUACGAUAAAUCAUUCAUGACAGAUGAAUUUGCGUAGAACGACCUAUUGUUCAAGAUUAACUCAACCAAAUAAUGAAUAUUGCACCUAUAUAAUUGAAUAAAAAGAUGUUAACUGGAAUUAAAUCAGAAAAAAAG